AUCAGGCCAGGCGUCAAAGCAAGUCAUCCAUCCAUCCUAAAACCCUCUAAGAGCCUGUGGUAAUCCUCCCUCCGGGUACCCCCGUGAGAUCUCGGGGGUCUCACCGCCCUGCGAGCCGCGCCCGCUCCCCGUCAGACCCGGAACAGAAUGGUUAGAACGUCGGGAUCUUGUUCCUUCCCUACUCCCAGCCCUGGGAUCGCUGCGAGUGAGGUUCCAUAGGAGGAGGUAGCUGCGCAGGCUGCUACGCACACAUUGUUUGCAAGAGGCGAAGGGGCGCACUUCCUGCUUCCCCCCAAACCAAGUUCUGAUCAAGUGGGAGUUCUUCAAAGAGAAAGUUUGCAUUGCCUCCCCCGGCACCCUCCCACCAAAAUGGCUGCUUUUGGACGCACAUUCCCCUUCUAUGCUGGCCCCAAGCCAACCUUCCCAAUGGACACGACCUUGGCCGUCAUCAUCAUCAUCUUUUUGACUGCACUGGUCACCUUCAUCAUCAUCCUGCCUGGCAUUCGGGGCAAGAUGAGGCUGUUCUGGCUGCUGCGGGUGGUGACCAGCUUAUUCAUCGGGGCUGUGAUCCUGGGGACCCCCGUGCAGCAGCUAAACGAGACCAUCAAUUACAAUGAGGAGUUCACCUGGCGCCUGGGCAAGAACUAUGCUGAGGAGUAUGCCAAGGCACUGGAGAAGGGGCUGCCAGACCCUGUGCUCUACCUGGCUGAGAAGUUCACCCCGAGAAGCCCAUGCGGCCUACACCGCCAGUUCCGUCUGGCAGGACACUAUGCCUCAGCCACAUUGUGGGUGGCAUUCCUCUGCUGGCUGCUGGCCAAUGUGAUGUUCUCCAUGCCUGUGCUGGUCUAUGGUGGCCACAUGCUGCUGGCCACGGGCAUCUUCCAACUGUUGGCACUGCUCUUCUUCUCUGUGGGCACAUCGCUCACUCCACCCUGUCCCCUGCGUCUGGGCACUGCUGUGCUGCAUACUCGCCAUGGGCCUGCCUUCUGGAUCACACUGAUCACAGGACUGCUGUGUGUGCUGCUGGGCCUGGCUAUGGUCGUGGCCCACAGGAUGCAGCCCCACAGGGUGAAGGCUUUCUUCAACCAGAGUGUGGAGGAGGACUACCUGCUGGAGUGGAGUCCUGUGGAAGGGGGACUGAGCCCCCGCUACCGGUCCAUGGCUGAGAGUCCUGAGCCCCAGGACAUUCCUCUGUCAGAGGCUGUCUCUUCCAAGCCAAGCUGUAAGGAGGAGCAUCCCAGAGAGCCUGACUGUGCCCUAUAAUAUUCCUCUCCAGCAGCCAUCUGGACUUCCAGUUUGGCUCCAGACCUCAUUGGAGCCCCAUAAAACCAUCAGAACUGCCCUCAGUGUGGGUUGUAUCAGACUGCAGCACCAACCAGUAGGGGUGGAGUAGAAAAAUGAGGCUCUACGUACUGAUAUUAAAAAACAAAACAAAAUGCCCUACGGUGCUGAAGAGAUGUUGCGCCUGCCCAUAAACUCUGCUUCCGUGGUAAGAGCAAGCAGCACUGUCCUAUUUCUGCACAGCAACCCUGCCUCUUCUUGGUGCUUGGCCUCUUCGAUGUGCCGUUCACUGAAACCCAACUUCACCCACAAAA